GAAGAAGAACCUUUGCGCAUGCGUGGACCGGUCGUGUCUAUCUUGUUGCUACAAGCAUCACUCUUUUAAGUGUACAAAAACAAACCCAUUUGAAACUGAUUUGCGAAUACCCACAAAGUUUUUCCACGGCGAUUGAAUCUCCACAGCAGGGUCGGCAAUGGUCCAAGAGAGUGUCCAGAUCAGGAGGCAGGGUGCCUAUGACUUCAAGGAAUACUACACUUUUGCCUGCACCCAACAGAAAUCUGUUCCCCUCACUGCAGUCAAAAUGCAUUUGGAUAAAGGCAUACUGGACUUCAACGGAGACAGGGUUAAACUAGUAGAUUGGCCACCCAUUCUUGAAUCAAUCUCGAUCAAUAAGCACCUUUGCCACAUUGCAAUAAGUAGCACGUACCAGACAAGUUAUGGUUGUGGUGAUGCAGACAGAAGGUACUACAAGCCGGUGUUCAGAAAGAAGAUCCCAUCUGUUCGCUCGAGGGACAUGACUUUCAGGUUGUGUAAGGCUUUGAAGGAGUGUCUGUCUGUCUCUCCCUGCCUGAAGACUUUAAAACUUAAUGGACUUCCACUGAGGGAAAGAGACCUUGUAAACUUAACAAAGGGUUUGGCAAAAAGUUCUUCCUUAGAAGCCAUUUCUCUCGCAAACUGUCCAAUCGCUGAUGGGGGCUUGGAAGUAGUUUGCCAAAGUGUGAAAUACUCUAAACACAUCAAAGAUAUUGACUUCACUGCAUGCAACAUCACAUGGAGUGGAGCUGAGCAUUUGGCCAACAUCAUUAAGCAUCAGGGAAUACAGAGACAUGGCUCAGCUUGGGAGCAGUCCUUAAGGUAUCAGCAGCCAAAAUUUGGGGGGAUGGGAGGUCUCCGUCGCCUCACCUUGAACUGUAACACAUUGAUUGGGGACCAAGGUGCUGUUAAGCUGGCACGUGAACUGGCUGAAGACCUCUGGCUCAAAGCUGUGGACAUGCAGAAAUGCGGUCUCUCCAAUCGAGGAGCCAGCCAUCUGCUAGAAGCCUUGAAGACAAAUGCUGCUCUUUGUGUACUGGACAUCCGUAACAACCCUUUAGUCGACAACGCUCUAAUCAAAACUAUAAUAGAGAAAGUGCUAAUGAGAGCUGACACACAGUCACGAGAGUACGGUUGGAUCACACCUGCCACCAAAGAGCCACUGAAAGCUUCUGCUUCCAAGAGACGAGUGCUCUCCCAAGCGGCUGCAGAGCGUACAGCAGCUCCUGAGAAAAAGGCCUCUCUUGGGGACAAGGGCUCAAUUGCUGCACAAUAUGAAAUGUCCACCUCAAGCAGCAGAAAUGUACCUCGUCAUUCUGCAGCCCGUGCUGGGCGCCAGAGAGGUUUUCCUCCUGUAGUUCCUGUCACCGAGAGUGAGCAACAUCAUCUAGGCCAAGCCGGGUCCAACAUGAAAGUUACGUUUGAGUCUGAUUCAGAAGAUGAGGAGGUUGGCGGCAUUGAAGAAGAGGGUGAAGCAUUUGUGCAUGGGGACCAAAGGCCAUCUCAUCAUAACCUCCAGGACAGCAUCCUUGCAAGGCGGAUGGAGCGAAUGCAGAUGGCACUACAGGAAUGUCGUUUGAGGUUAGGAGAGGAGCGCAGGGCGAGACUUAAAGCUGAAUCAGGUCUCAGGGAGUUUGAGCUGGAGAAUGCUCGUCUUCGCGACAACAAUCGUACCCUGUCGGAGGCACUCUCAGCCACGGGUUCAGAACACAGCACGCUUGAAAACGAGGACGUUCUUGAGAGCAUUGAGCGCUCAUUCAGCAAGUUCCACGCUUUCCUGGAUCUCAUCAAGGACGCUGGCCUCGGUCAGCUUGCAUCAAUGGCUGACAUCGACACGUCAGAUUUCCCGCUCUUGGGGAGACCGCAGCUCUCUACUCCGCUUGGACAUGUCACCCACCUAGAUAGAGCAGCAUCCAGUGGACAUCGUUCUAUUUUUACCCUGGGCGCUGACAUCACCACGCCUAAAUCUCCAUCCUCAGUCAGAGGUUCCGUGCAUCAAGAUGGCCCUCUCGACAGGACUUUCCAACUACCUGUUGGAGCGCAGGUGCAGUUUAUUGCCAUGGGAGAACGGGACACACCUCGGUUUUCUAAACCCGAAACCAAGUACGACUCUGUUUCGGAAUGCAGCUUCGCUAGCCAGAAAUCCCUCCAUGAAACUCCAGAGAGUCGCCCGAACAGCAGCCAUAGCGGUUCCCAUCAGAGUAACGUGUCUCAUGGCAGCGCAUCCCUUGGCCGAUGGGGUGCAGGCGACCUCAUGAGAGACAUUGUAAGUGACCAGGCGUCUUUGGCGGGCUCGCGGAGGUUGGUGGUCAUACCGCGGUCCGGGUCAGAGGGGAAGGCCAGUGCUGGGAGGGACAUUCUGAAGGAGAUCAGGUCUCAGGUGGCUCUGCAAGGGCGCUCGGAUGGUGAAUAUUUAUAACACAAAAUAGCUUUUGGUAGCACUUCUUCAUUUUAAUCUUUUGAGAAUUUGACAAAAUAAGAUAUUUUUGGAACGUUUACUUUAACCUGCACAGCCAGGAGAUGGGGGGGUGUUUCAAAUCUGCGUUUGGACAGCUCUUUCUAGAGUUUGCAUGUUGUUGUUCAUGUGUUAAUUUAAUACUCUAAAUCAGAGGUGUUCAACACAUGGUCUGCAACACCCAGAGGGUAUGCAGACCAUGCAGUAGGUAGUACAAUUUUUGGUUGAUUACAUUUUUUACAUGUUUUUUAUAUCUCCUUGCAAUUUUUCUACAGACUUAUGAAGAUUUUAAUCUCCAUUUAAAGUGUAUUAACAUGUUCUGGAUAAUGUGUUGGAUAUGCUUUGGUCUAAAUUUUUCUUAUGGGAUCCCAUUUAUGCGUAUGUUGUCUGCAAGUUGUCCGUUGUGGUGGCAUUCCCGAAUAGCAAAUAGAACCAUGCUCCACCCUCUUCAAAAGUUUGUUAAUGUGUCUUAUAAAAAUGUACCCUGUUAAAACUAUAUCUUAAAGACGAACGUUCUUGCUAAAAAUAAACUUCAUUAAAAUAUAUAGAUUCACCCGGUCACAGCGUUAAGUACAUCUGCACACUCUGUUCGAUACAAGAGCUGCAUUAAAAUAGCUGCUUUUAUGAGCAUUUAUGUCACUGUAUGUCACACAUUGGUGUUAUUAUGCACGUGCUACAAUUAGAUGAAAAUAUUACUUCAUCUUACCCUAAUUAUGGUCCAUCAAAUCAAGUAAAAAUGUUACAAUGACGCUGUCUUUUGGUGUCGGAGUUUAGCAGCUCCUCCAAUUUAGUACUGGUCAAUGUUGACAAAGCAGUCCUGUGUAAAAUGUCAUAAAGAACACAUAAGUAUUUAUUUUAUGAAUAUCAGAGCAAGUGGUAAGACAAUUUAUGAGGGGCAGGGGAUCCCCCUCUGUCCGAUGGCUUUAAAUAAUGUUAACCUUAUUUGUGAUGUCAUAACGUAGCCAAUCUUAAAAACUGCAAAACAAAGCAGGAAGAGGCAUCUAAGACGACUUACAAGCUCACGCACAAAUGUAUGAACCUUAGGAUUUGAAACUUUGUAAUUGUAAUACAAGUAUUCAACAUUAUAACAACAUUUCAGUCAGAAAAGACGAAAAUCAUCAUGGGUAAACGUUGAAUUGUCUUUAAAUGCACAUUAAUUAACAUUGAUCCAAGACACUGUAGUGUAGUUUGAAAUGUUUUAAAAUAAUAACAUGAAUAAUUAAAUUUUUGUAUCCAUUUAUAUUCAUAGCUAUUCACAUGCUGCCAGCUAGCGAUUUGCACGCAAGUUGCCAGUUAGCUAUUAGCAGCAUUAUUGUUAUCACUGUCACGGUCUAGGAUGUACUGGCAAGGUGAGGUGGACUAAAAAGCAGGGAGACAAUGUGUAAGGAACUCUACAUUGCUGUCAAAACGUUUAAUCCAAAUUAUCCAACACUGGGCAUAUGACGAUUGGACAAAGAGACAGUAAACAGAACUCAGAACACCUGGACUGGGCACAAGAGGAAGGAGUACGCAAAUUGGAGGAAACCAGAGCUCGGGCAAGACACAGGUGCAACCAAUGACACAAACAAGCACAAAAUGCAGGGCAACAGGAAAAAAAUCAUGACAGUACCCUCCCCCAAAGGACGGAUUCCAGAAGUGCUAAAGUUCAAAAACAAGAAAAAGGUCAAACAUUUCAAGAUAUUGUGACUUGGCCUCCCACAAACGGGAGGGAAUCUUCUAGAGAAGUCAGGGGGCCAGCAAGGUCAGUGGAGAUGACAGAAACCCUGCGGGGCCAGCCGAGAAGGCAGGACAAGCGGUAUAGGAACUGCCAAGGGUACUUGAUAAAGGAGAGACUGGAGUAAGGCACCUGCAGCUAAUGCUAGCCAUGUGCAUAGCUGCAAAAGAAACCGGUGGAAUCGACGUCGACAAGGUUUUGGCCUGGCUCGCAGCCGUAACAGGAACAGGAGGUGUUCUGCCAGGAGGCUUCCCACCUCUUGACUGGGGCGGAGUCUGAAUUUGAAGCGUGCCGGCUUUUGACUGCUGCAGAGCGGGAAAAGGAGGCGUCCUGCCUCUAGACUGCCACAGAGUCUGAAUUGGAGGCGUCUCGCCUUUUGACUUCCGCGGAGCUGCCAGUAGUAGUAGCCCCCGUCUCCAAGGACGAAUUCCACAUGUCGCUGUUGAGCCCAGGUGGGGAAAGGAAUGUCCGAUGGAAGUUUGGAAUGACUGACUCAGCCCUACCAGGGGAAGUACAUGCCAGGGAUGCGUAGUAGGUUGUUUAGAGGAGAGUUUUAGGUUCCUCCCACCUUGGACAACUGCCUAGAAUCCACAAUGACUGGACCCCAGGUCGCCAUGAAGACAUGAGAUCUGGAGGUCACACAGGUCACAAAAGAACUAAAUAAACUAGAAAAGGGAGAACUCAAGGAAAGAAAAUAAACUUCCAGUGACCUUACUGGCUGAUCAUUGGAUUGGUGAGGGCCGUUUUGUGUGAUGAAGUGAAUGUCAAAUUUAGAUUAUUGAAUGACAAAGCACUUCAUAUCAAACAUAUUCCUGACCACGUCAUGCUCUUGUCACGGAUUAGAAUAUGAAGACGCAUUUCUCCCGCUGUCUUCCGAUGGCUCUGGCGGCGCACGUGACUAGGAUUUUAAGUACAAAGUGGUUUCACAAUGGUUUCAAAUCCAUGUCGGAGUUAAAAUGACAUAAAGCUUUUAAACAUUUUUAAAUUGUUUAAUACUCUAAAUUUAUGCAGAGUAAUUCAAAACGUGGAUUGUCCAUUGUGUUGCUCCUGAUUUUUGACCUCAAUAUUUGUCAAAUCCUGGUUUCUGCCCUGACCACAAGUACGGUGUUUUAAAGGAAAAACAAACAUUAUAUUACCCCUUUAGAAGCAACUGUCAACAUGUGUCAGUGUCACUACAAAGUUGCCAAUAAAGACUCCAGUUGAGGUCCUUUUAACAGUUUUUAUUUGAACAUCCAUCCAUCCAUCAUAUUCCGCUUAUCCAAGGUCGGGUCGCGGGGGCAGCAGCCUAAGCAGGGAAGCCCAGACUUCCCUCUCCCCAGCCACUUUGUCUAGCUCUUCCCGAGAAGACUGUAAAAAUUAGUGACACAAAACACAAUAAGUUAAAAGCUCUGGAAUGCCUUUUUUUUAACAAUAUAAUGUGGGUCAAAAACUAAUUUUGUUUUUAAACUCUUCAUUAGUUUUAAUGUUUAUUGUUUAAAAAACAAUAUUUCAGAAAUUAAACCAGUUUUAAGUAGUAAAAGUCUGGCGUACAAUUAUUCUACACUACAUUACAAUUAACAUACAUGUACAUUAAUGGCAAUUUUGGAAAUUGCAGAACAGCUAACCAUUACAUUGAAAAUGAAAGUUAUUGCAAGGAUAUGAAUUAAAUUAUAUCAACAGAACCGAAAAAAACGGAGGGGGAGUAGCUGUGUGCAUGAUGAACAAGUACAAAGAAGAACAAUUAUGAUGAACGUCUUGAACCUAUUUUUUUUUUUUUUUAGAUGAUUAUUUUGGUAUGAAAAUGUGUUUACUGACUACGGAAUAUUAUUUUUUAUUUAUUUAUUUAUUCACUGUUCUGUUAUAAAGAGAGAGCAAGGAAAUGGGAUAAAAUCGCUACGAUAUGAAAAGGGGUAGGAGUAAAUAAGCUCUGCUUCUUCAUACUCCUUUUUGGUUCUUAUGUAAUGAAACAACUGGAAAUAUGUGAUGCAUUACAUGGUAUCAUAUGCAUGUUGGAAAUAAACUGAACUGAACACGAAAGCAUCUGUCUGGGCUGCUCAGUACAAUAUGGCUGCUAAAGAAACAACACUGGCUAGUAACAUCUGUUUAAUAUUUAAAGCAAUUGCUGUUUUAACAUAAUUUUUUAAACGCAGCCGCGAAUCAGCUUAGUGUCUUGUAGUAAUUGGUUGUUUCAACCAUAACUAGAGUAAAAGCAUAAAAAGAAGUGAACCACUGAUUACUAAAACUACUCAGGCUUCGAGGGACAUAAUCACUUUCAUUUUGAGCUUGGUGUUUUUUUGUUGGUGUAUACUUGAUAUUUAUGAAAUAUUUUUGCUCAUAUUGUACCAAGCAGCCAAGACCCUUUUUUUUUAUUAGGGUUCAUUUACCUCUCUGUGGUUAUCAUCGCAUUUUUCCUUGAGAAAAAAAUAACUAAGAAGAAAAAGUAAAACACUUGUAGAUUUUAAUGUUAAAAUGCUCACUGAGCUGGAUCGAUGAUUUGAUGGUUUGAAUUUAAAGAUUUACUUCGGAAAAUGUUCUUUCAACUUAAAAUAUACCGCUGUAAUAAUA